AUUUGUCAGUCGGAAAAUUGUUUCCAGAAACAUGGCGGCACCUGUCAACAGCGACUCGGACUGUUGGAGAGCCCCAGAGGUUUACAAACAUCACGAACAACGGAAAGUAUGCAUUUCUCGACCAAAAUAUAGGGAGGGAAGAAAUGCAAAAUCGGUCAAGGUAUACACCAUCAAUUUAGAGUCCCGUUAUGUGAUGGUCCAAGGGGUCCCAGCCAUUGGUGUGAUGACAGAGCUGGUCCAGCUGUGUGCCCUGUAUGGUACUGUGGAGGAGUACAGACCCCUGGAUGAGUAUCCUGCUGAGGAGUUCACGGAGGUCUACCUUGUCAAGUUCCAGAAACUCACAAGUGCCAGAGCAGCAAAACGACGCAUGGAUGAGAAGAGCUUCUAUGGUGGUGUACUGCAUGUGUGUUACGUACCGGAAUAUGAAACUGUGGAAGACACCAGGCUAAAGCUGCAAGACCGGAGGCGUUAUAUAACAAGAGCUGCUCAGAAUAGAGCAAGAGAAAAGAAACAGCAACAGGCGAUUCACGAGGAGCCUACGUCAUCAGACACAACCACCACAUCAGGCAGGAUCGUCACCAGACGUGACCAAAACGCUGGCAGUGACAAUACAGGGGAGACUUCAAACAUCAGCCAUCAUUCAGGCUUUCCACUACUGCCGUUGCCUCCCCAAGAACAUUUUUUCUACGGACAUGAUUAUCAACAUGGGUUUAUACAAACAGAGGACAAAAUGGGGACUUUACAUAACGCCAUCAGCGCCACAAAAGAGCAGCAAAUGCAGAGUUCAAUCUCCAACCAAACCUCCUCCAACAGUGACCAAGGCACAGAGCACAAACUGACAUCAAAUCAGGAUCCUCCUCCCGUCAGGUUUGUACCAAGGACCACACACUUGGAAAACAGGAAACGAAAAAAGGAAGAGGUCACCGAGCACUUGGCAACUGCUUCUGGACAAAAUGAGCCUCUGAUUGGGCCAAAACUACCCGAGCCGUGUAAACUGGACAUGGAGGAUGAAUCCCUGAACACAACUGUCGGCUUGAUCAGGAACACAAUGAAGCAGGUGGGAUCCGCUCCAGAUAUCAAACCGGUUGAGAAAAAGAUGAAACCACGUCGUCGGAUUUGAUUAGACAAACAUCUUCUCUUUGUAGCCUUUUUUUUAUUAUUUACAAAUUCUCCUUCCAAACACAUACAUUCAUUUUUUUAUUAAAGAAAGUCAGUCUCAGAAUCCA